AUCUCACGUUGACUCAGAAAAAAAUGGUCGGCAAUGUACUUCCGGAACACGACUGAUGUGAAUAAUGUUAUGAUGACCAAGAAAUAACCAUACUAUUUGUCUCGGUUGGUGCCAUGGAUAGUAUGGAAGACAGUGGAUUUGAUAGCGACCAAAAAUCAAUGCUUAACGGAAGCUCUGAACCACAGAGUACCAAACCUUCCUCUUCAAAGUCAUCAUCCAGUUAUUCAGAUGCCAGGACACAAAGUCAUGCCCACAGAAAAUCUUCACAACUUCAAAAGAAAUUAGAGAGACACAGAGAAAAUGCCAGGAAGGCUAAAGUUAUAAAUCAACAGCCCAGUAAAAACACUUUUAUGAUGCCAAGAAGUCGACUGAUGAUCCCUCCUAAAUCGGAUUCCCAGCCAAGACCACUUGACCAGCAGCCAUUGGUGGCAAUAAUGACAGAUGAUGAGAGCGAUGAUGAUGAUUUUGAGUCACCAAUGCUAUCGCGAGGUGCUAACAAAGACAUUACCCAACAAUUAAUUAAGGAUGGCUACAACCUUGACCUUGAACCUGAUGAUGAGGACCUUGACCUUAUACCUCCACGACCUAUGAAUGAACGAUGUGUGUGUUGUCAGAAUUAUACCGGAACGUGUGCUAUACAAUGACGAAAGUAUAAAACGAAAAUGAAGAAGAAGAUAGUCUGUCAAAAUGACAAAGACAUAUAUUUUUGUUUCACAAAUUGUACAGAUAUAAGAGUCUGAAAAUAGAGAAAGUGUCAUGUAUAUGAAAUGGAGGGAAUAUUGAUUUUUAAUGCGCACUUAAAAGAGGGACAUGUUGUACAGAAGUUUGAUGGAGGAUAACAACAUGAAACUAACAGUAACAUAUGUUUGUGAUUCUUGCUCACUAAUUUUUUGUAUGAUUUUAUCUUUGGCUUGCCUUUAUAGCUUCACUCAGUCCAAAGGGCCGAUGAGAACUUAUGCCAAAUUGUCCAUCAUCUAUAGCUACCAAUAGCUUAAAUAGAAUAUAUAUAAUAAUAUUGUUUUUGUCCCAUAAAAGUUGGCAGAUUUCAGUCCAAGUUAAAGCAUUAAUAACACUAGGCUUGGUUAUACCUGGAACAAGGAUGUUAAGCCCCAUCUAUUAAUCAGUCAAGAAUGAAGCAUUAUAAGGGGGUAGGAUUAAGAAUAUAGGCUUGCAAGGUCGUAGAAUCACCAGGAACCAAGGAGGUUUUACCAAAACUGGCCACUUUUACUUAAUUGUGCUUUUAACAACAUCUGCAGAACAAUCAUUUUAAUUUUAAGUUUGAUGGGUCUGAAAGUAUGGAUACCCUCGAUUGCUUUAAACAGCAGUUUAUUGGGUAAGAUUUGAAUGGGAAGAUAUACACUUACGGACCCAUGAGGUACAAAGCAAAAAACAUUAAUAUAAUUGUAUAUGAAUGCUGUUAGAAUUUUUCUAAAGUGUAUAACAGUAUUGCUGGGCUAACUGAGGAAAGUCACUUUGUAGAAUUAUAUUUGGGGUAAUUAAAAUAAUCAUUUCCACCAGUCUUGGUCAAAAUCGAUACAAAUGUACCCCUCUUUGAGUUUGUACGAGUUUUGUUAUUGCUUGCAUGUGUGUGGGUUGCAAUUGGUUAAGAAUCCAAUGUGAGUGUGCAAUAUAGGUCCCAUGGACCUCUUGUUUUAUAUGGAGCCCAGUGUCUACACGAGCUUCCUUGGUUUGCUUCAUUACGAUCUUAAUUUGCAAGCUCAUUUUGUUAUGAAUCUUGAGAUGUAGAAGAUGUUCCCAAUAGCAGAACUUUAAAACAAAUUCUUUACAUGAUGGUACCCAUUAAAAACCUGGAGCCUGAGUGUAAGUUAAAUGUUGCCGAAAUAAGCCUUGAACCAAUAUACCAAUGAAUCUGGCAUUAAAUAAUACAGUAUUUAUCUUUAGAAUAAAAAUGGUCACCAUUUGUAAUUGUGUUCUUCAUUUUAAAGUUAUUGGAUAAUUAGGUAUUGAGGAAUUGGAAUUGAAGACUGUGCAAUUUUCUUGUAAUAUGUUUGUUAAAAAUAUUCAUUGUCUGCUUGGUUCAAGAUGAAAGAUUGCUUUUUUUAUUGUUCAUGUUUUUAUGCAGACUGGGUUUCCUAGAAAUAACUUCAUGUAACAAUACAGUAUCAGAUCUGAUGAGUGGUUCCAAUUUUUGCAAUUUUGUUUAAACAUAUUUUUUCUUCUGGUUGACCAUUGUACUUUUACUCAUGAAUCUUGAUAGAUGAUCUGGUUUUACAAAUUUAUGUGAAAUUGAAAUCGAAAUCAUUAAUUUAUUCUGAAUGUGUUCACAAUGCUUUUUAGUUGAUUUUGAAACUGCAUUUAGCUCAGGCUUAGUGAAGGUACAAUGUACUUUGAAAAAAAAACUUCCUGUUUCUACAAAAUUUAAUAAUAUACCAUGCUGUAUUUACAAAUUUUGUUAUUGUAGAUAUGUUUUGUUUUCCUGUUUAUAAAAAGUGUUUGUCUAUUGUUAUAUGCAUGUGUUAAUUUUAUAGGUGAUGGUCACUUUAGUUUCAUAUUUUAGAUAUUGAUACAUGUACUACUGGGCAUAUUAGAUAGAUGCAUUUGAACAUAACCACCUGUAAUUAGCUAUACAAUUCUUCAUUCCCAUUGUUAUGAGAAACAAAUGGUUUUCUCAUUCAAGAGUGACAUGAACAUAAAGAUAUGUACUUCAAAACUAAACAUAUUGAGUAUUACUAUAUUGAGGGAGUGGUACAUGUAUUUAUAUGCUGUUAUGAGAACUAUAUUGGAUCGAAUCUAUUGGGAAAUAUCUGAUGAACUCUUACCUCAGUCUUCUGCUGAUAAAGUUAUUCUGUGAGAACUGGUAUAUAUAAAUAUAUAAGACAAAUAUAUAUUCACUGUUCCGAUACAUGUAGAGUUCCUAUACAUACAAAGUAUUUAUUUAAUGCUUUCAGAUAACUAUAUAUAGGACACUGCGUAGAUUAAUUUAAGUACUGUAUUUGGAGACUGUCAAUUGAAUUGUUUGUAUAAUCAAAGAUCACAGUGCCAUGAAAUGGCUCUGGGUGAGGUUGUGGUUGUUUAUAAGUUUUGUAUUCCAUGAAAGGAAGGGGUAAAUAGGUAAUUAAGUAUUAUUGACAAUGAGAAUGGGAUAUGUGGAAGUAAUAUACGAUACUUGUGAGAAUCUGAUACCAAUAUACAUGUGUUAUCUUCUCAUAUACUGUUACAUGUAGUGUACAUUGUCAUUACAGGUACACAUCCCUGUUGUGAUCUCUAUUCCAUUAUAAUUAUGUAUAUCAACUCCUUUUUUUACUUAAGCCUCAUGCUCUGUCGAGUUUAAAAAACUUUAUACAGAUCAGAAAGUCAUUAAGAAUUUGAAUCUGAAUGGAUUGAAAUGUUCACAACAAACAUGGUUUCUCUGAUCAAUGUUUCAAGGUCGACAUCUUGACAAUAUGAAUCAAUAUUUUUGCUGUGUGAUGUAAUGUUCUGUAAUUCUGAUAUCACAAUAAGGGAUAUCAUGUGAGGUAUGAGAUCACAGUAUCUGUAGUGGUCAGGUAGUCAUGGUAACCACUAAAUAUUCUGUAGUCCAUAUAUAUGAGUUGACAUAUGGUCAAAUAAUUUCAAGAAUCAUAACAAUUUUCCAUUUAAUACAGAAAUGUGCAAUGUUUAUGUAUAUAAUCAUUAAUGUAUACUAUUAAGUAAUUCUACUAAAACAGGUAAUGUUUAGAUAGUCCCAGAAGAGUUUUACAUAUGUCUACUCAGUAUACCAAUCUGUAUCCAUUUCUUGCUCAACGUAAACUGCUUCAUGUGCAAUAUAUCUGCUGUUUCGUUAGUACAGCAAGCUUGAUGUUUGUAGGGUAUAUAUACAUGUAUGUCUAUCACUGUUAAUCGGCACGUAUCAUAUUGGGGAUACAAUCAUUACUCGGCACCAUACACACUAAACCACAGAAGCAUUAGUAUCGUAAACACAAAACCUGAGUUUAUUGGAACAUGUUAAGAUUUGUGAAUAUUUGUAAUUUAAUUUAUCGUGUUUCAUUGACAGUGAUACUUAAAAAAAAAGCACAAUCAUCUUUUCAUAUCUAGUGAAGCUUAUUCUAAUUUCUCCAACAAUUUGCACAUGGUUAGGUGUGGUUGAUGACAGUUGGGAUCUGUGGUAGUUCUGUUGUGCGUGUUACAGGUACUUUGUAUUUGGGUACCUGUUUGUAUUGUGUUUAAUGAAAUCCUUGUGAAAAUCAAUCUUGCAUCAUAAAACUUUAAUUUCCAUCUGUUUAGUUUGACUUGAGUUUAAUGAUUUACAAUAGGAAUACAUGUAUUAGGGAUAUUUCAUUAAAGGGGCAUUACUUCGUUUGAAUAAAGUUUAGAUCAUCAAAAUUGAACUCUCAAGAUAAACCAAAGUUCUUUGAGUAUUAAGUCCUGAAAUUCUUAAUUCGACCCGAAGUAUCACUAACUACCGCAAAGACAUACAGUAUUUGUAUAUGACAUGCCUUUUUUCUGUACAUUCUGGUGUUGAUUUCAUUACAUGUAGGCACAAACACUCAUAUAAUCAUCAUUCGGACAUAGAUUUCAUCAAUAGAAAUUGUGCAUGUUUCUGAUGUUGGAACGAAGGAAUGCCCCUUUAAAUAUUAGUCUUCUUUUAUGCUUUGAAUAAGGAAGGUGUUUUAUGUUAUAUUUUAAACUUGUCUAUUAAGGGGAGAUAACUAGUAAGUUAAAGCUAAUACCACUAUCAAUGUCUUCAGGGUUAUUUUUCGUGUGUUGUCCCGAUAUCAUGGGACAGUUCUGAAAAUUAAAAUUCAUGAUCACUUUGCGCAUCAAAUACCAAUAUUGAUAAUACAGUUUAUUAUACUGUAGUAAAUUAAAACUUUGCAUUUGCUUUGAAUUAAAGAUUUAGUGAAAUAUUGAAUUAGUGAUUUAGUGAAAUAUUAAAUUAGUGAUUUAGUGAAUUAUUGAAUUAGCAUAGAAGUGAAAAUCAUUGCAAUUUAUACUUUGUACUAUUGUUCUUUUGACAUUUAAAUUUACUCAUUGAAUUGUUAGAUAUUGAAUUUGAAUAUAAAUUGAUAUUUUUUUUAUAUUUUUGUUAGGAAGUAGAGUAACCCACAAGGAUUUGACAUAAAUUCCCAACCGACAGUCCAUAUAUACAUAUAUGUAUAUUAGUUACACAUAAUACAUAUAUGGACCGAGUGUUUGGAAUUUGUGCCAUGCCCCUGUUGAUCAAACUGAAAACAAUUUAAAGAAUGAAAAUAAGUAUAUUAGUAUAAGAUUUUACUGUUAUAUUAAUACUCAUUAGCUCUAGGCAUAAAUCAUGAUAUCACUUUAAAAUUGGAGUAUGUGGAGGCUUGCACUAUUUCUGUGGAGAAAGAAUGAGUACAAUAGGUAUUUGUUUUAUUUGUAAGUUACAUUUCAUUUUAAUUACAGUUACUAUGGUACAGCCAUAUACAAGCUGGUUCAUUUGUUCAGUCUUCCAGGACAAGAGAUUGUUUUUCUCCAGUUUAUUUUGGAUCACCUUUAGUGCGUUACUGCUACAUCGGUAGGCAUUCACAGUAGAAUUAUGUGCUCAAUUAUAGUGUGCUUAACAUUACGUGUAUAUUUUUUAUUAAUCAUGGAUGAUUUGUACUUAGGAGGUAUAUUUUUCAUUAAGAAAUUUUUGUCGGAUAAAAUUCGCUUCUUUUCACUUUCACCAAAUGAUGGUUUUUCUCUGCAAAAGUAACCACAUCCUAGAAAUUCUAAGGGUAGCUUUCACUUAUAAUCUCUGCACAUCAAGAUAAGCUUCCUCAUAAUAAUGACCUUGAUUUCACAGCCAUCAGGUAUGUUAAAAAGUUCAAUGAUCUUCUAUUCAAGUUCCAGAAGAUCCAUAUGCCUUAUAUUUUGCCAGCAGAUUUAGCAAACAAAUGACCUUGGCCUUUAUAUUAUGUAACUCUUAGAUGACUUGGAAAUGCUUUGUAAUUUUCGCAAGAAAUAUAAAAAAUCUUCAACAAAAUUCAUAGAAUUAUUAUCAAGACAAUUUUGUCAGCAAGGUUGAUGUUUCCAAAAGAUUUAUGAAACUGUACUAGAAUUGUAAUUCCUAUUUCUUAUUGUGAUAUUAACCAUUGUUAAUCCAAAUGCAAGUUCACAUAUUCUAAUAAAUGCAACCUAAUGUCAAGCAAGCCUACACUUCUCCACUAGUACUGUAUACAUUAUGGCUGUAUGCAUGAUAUGGAUGUUAUACAAAGUGUUUUGCCAGCUGAAUUGUUUGGCAUUCUACAUGUAGUUUAAAUUGUUAUAUCAAUCAAAGUGUAAGCAACUUAGAUUUAUUCAAUUAGACUUGAAAGUUGCAAAUUGUACUUAUUAAUAAAUCGUUCAUUUUUUUAUUUUUUUUAUUUUGACAACUAUUUAGAAGGGCCUCUUUUUCUCACUCUUGAACAGCUGAUCUGAAUUUGUGAUGUUAUGUUUUGAGGCAGAGGCAAGUAAUCUAUCAAAUUUAAAAAAAAAACUGGAAAUGGCCCUAAAUUAUUGUUUACAGCUUUGAUUUUGAGCAAUUAUAUUUUUGUUAUUUCUUCGAAAAUUAUUUAGUUUUAUGUAUUUUUAUGUUGAAUUUUUUCAGUUAUUGAUAUCAGUAGUUGGAAAUUUACACAACUUCAUUAUGAAAACAUGUUAGUAUGACGUACUGGACAUUAGAUCUGAAGACUGUUAUGGUUUUGGUCAAUCUAAUUAAAAUUAGACUUGUAAUUUCCACUUCUCUAAUAUACGUUAUAUAUACUGUGAUAUAACACAAUGGGAAUGGCAUAUCUAAUUUAAGUUUGGGUGUGUUGGUAUAAUUCUGUGUAUGCUUGAAAAGAUGUAGAAAGUCUGUACAGUGUAGAGAGUUCAGAUGAAAUUCUUUUAAGAUGCAAUUGAGUAUUUCAUCUUCUUUUAAAUAACAUUAUCAUCUAAACAUCUAUUUUUUUCUGUUUUCAUUAUUCACUAAACAAUAUAUAACAAGUUUCUUAAGAGAUAAAGGUCAGUGCUAAAUCAAAUUUUCAGUGUUCUUUCUCCGAAUUCUGAUAAAAUUGUUCAGUUUAACAUAGUAAUUUGAGGGAUGUGUUUUUCACUUAAUUGUGAGAUUCUGGUUGGUUUAAAUGAGGAAUUUAAUGGUUAUAUUUAAAACAAGUAAAUAUUGACAUUGUUCAUGUGUAAGUGUAAAAUACAUCGUAAAACAGCAGUCAGAUAAUCACAGUUUUCAAUCACUUUUACUUUUCAGACAGAUACAUAAGAAUAAGUGGAAAGUUUUCGAGAGCUGGUAUCCAGUGCUGUAUUUGAUUUUUGUUUUUUCGUUCAUUUAUUGUGUUGUCCCAGGUUACGCAGGUUUAUUCCUAUAUACGUAUCACCAUUGUUUUAUGUUUUCUAGUUUUUAUGUUUCAUUCAUGAUGGUUUUUUCUAUUUUUUUCCUUUAUUUAUGUUUAUUUUGUUUUUAUAUCAAUUUUAUGUCCAAUGAUAAUUCAAUCUGCUAUCAUCAAGAUUUAAAGCAUUAGUAUAGGUAUUUUUACUGAAAGUUCUUUCAAGUGAUGAUUGAGUUCAUAAAUCAAAAGGGAAGGCUUUGUAGCUGUUAAUAGGAAAGUUGGCAUGCCUUGUAUUGUGUAUCUCUCAUUGUAUUGUGUAUUUCUCAAUUGCUGCUUCUGAAAUAAGUCAAUGAAUUCUAAGAAACCAAGACAUUUGUUAAAAAAUAAAAUACAUGUACAAGCUAAAGUAUUAUGUUAGUACAAGGAAACUUUAUAUUUUUUCGAUAUUUAUUUUCAUGUAGAAGUAGAAUAGUAUAAUAUGGCUUUUGUUUUGUUCCUCCCCUAGUAAUGCAUUCCUUAUUUGUUUUAUUCUCUAUUUCUAUUAGGUCUAUAGAUUUAGAUGAUGUGUCUUGUUAGACGCAUUUUUAAGAUUAUGUUUGUAAUAGUUCCUGUUGUAAUCCCUACAAAUGGUGUUAUAUUUGGCUUAGUCCGAAUGAUUCUGACUAUCGGUCCGCUUUAUCUGCCCCUAGUAGUAUAUUAAAGCAGAUAAGUAGUCAGAAUCAUGCGAACUGUAUUUCAACAUGACUAGUUUCUCUGCAAUAUUAGUUCAGUUCCAAUUCUAGUUGUAUUUCAUACCAUUGACUAACAUUUUGAUAUUUUCUCAACCUUAACACACACCGUUUGUCUCCGCAUUUUCAGCUUUUACAAUUAAUGGCUGUAUGGCUGUCUGAACAGCAGCCAUACUUGUUUUUGUGCUUCCCACCCCUGGCUGUUAACUAGGCGAUAAACCCAGUAAACAAACAAUCCCUUAUAUGUCAAAUUAGCUACAUACCAUGACAGGUGAUAUUGGUCGAUAGAAUGAUACUUUUGGCCCUUAACACAUGAGGGCAAUUCCAGUAAAAUACAUAUCCAUAUUCAGGUUAUAAUGAUAGUGUUUGAAUUAAGAUAUAAAUCUAAAGGUCCUUGUAGGACGAAUCAGGAGCCCUCCCAUUGGUUAGAUAGCCCUGAUUAGUUUAGAAGAAUUUAAACUUUUAUAUGAAACACCAUAACAUUUAAGUGAAUGAAAGAAAUCUUAAUUAAAACCUGAAAAAAAAGUACUUGCAUGGUAUGGUAGACUUUCGUUAUUCAUUGAAGGUAAUAUAUGUAGGAAAAGAGGCGUCAACAUUAUAUAAUGAUAAGGAUAAUGGGGUUUUUUUAACGAAUGUUUUUCCACAUUGGAAGAUGUUUGUGAAGCAAUGAUUUAUCCUGAAUGGUAGGUAUAUGUUUUAGGGUGCGUGAUGUUUCAUCCUUUAUAGUGGGUAGAUAUUUUGGGAUGCCAGAUAUUUGCUGUAUUUUAUGAUGGGUAGAUAUUUUGGGAUGCCAGAUAUUUGCUGUAUUUUAUGGUGGGUAGAUAUUUUGGGAUGCCAGAUAUUUGCUGUAUUUUAUGGUGUUAUGUUAGUCACAUUCCAGAGUGCCUAGCAUUCUCCCUUUCUGCCAUGUAUAAUCUGUGAUUUAUCUCAUGCGAUGUUGCCCAAUUUGAUUUGCAAAUGUAACGGUGAUAUUAUUAUUAUUUGCCACGAUCUAAUAAAGGUAAUUCAAACUGA